AGAUGCGGGCUAGACCAGGUUGGAGUAGGAUGCUAAGUAGGUGAGUGCCUUUGGUUUCCUCUUAACAGAAAAUUGGAAAAGGAGGCCUACCAAGAUGUCGGAGUGUGGCAGCAUAUCGGAUGGCGCCGGAAGGGUCCUGACCCUCGAGGACCUCAUCGCAGCCCUAGAUCGAUAUGAGAAGACCCCAAGUAACGUUCCGAAGGUUGAGACCUUUCAUUUCAAUGGGGAAAGGGUCUUAGAUUGGCUAGAUCUGGUGGAGCAGGCGAUGGCGGGACUGUCAGACGAGGUGAAAUUCCAGCGCAUUAUGAGGUACGUGCUCCAUGGGCACCAUCAGGAGGUGCAGAAGGUCGUGGAUGCUGCCAAUGGCAGUUGGGCAAGGUUUAGGGAGAGCAUGCUGCGCAAGUAUCGGUUGGGUGAUGGGUUGCUUACCAUCUCGGACCUUGAGGCGAUGAACAAUGACGACUUUACCACGAUAGGGGCCCUCGUACAAGAGUUUAAGAAGAAGGCAAAGAAAGUUCACGGGAUCUCUGAGGAAAGGCAGUGCGCCAUCUUUCUGGGAUUGCUCACUGCGUCAGAGGCAGCCGAGUUGACGAGUCAUGGAGGAGGCAGCGCAAAGCUCACCUGGGCCACCAUCGACAGAGGAGUGGAGGAUGGGAGUUUAGACCAGGAUCUGCAACGACUAAAUGCGGUAACGGUGCGAGAUGCAGGAGGCUUGCCGAACGCAGAUGCACUGUCAGAGUCAUGCGCAGGGAGGCCUAUAAUCUCACUUACAGACCUCUAUUCCGGGUAUGAUCAAUUUCCUGUAUACCCGCCCGAUAGGCCGGUGACGGCAAUGCACAAGCCAAAGGGGCUAAUCCACAUGAAUGUGGCCCCUCAGGGUUGGACGAAUGAGGUGGCGAUGGUGCAAAGGCAUAUGAUCAGGGCCAUGCAAACAGUCAGUCCGCACAUCACUCAGCCCUAUAUCGACGACUUGGCGGUCAAAGGGCCAAAGGAGAAAGAGGAGGACGAGGUGCAGCCCGGAGUGAGGCGUUUUGUUUGGAGGCAUAUCCAGGAUCUCGAUCGAGUCUUGGGCCUGCUGGAAGAGUAUAACCUCACUACGAGUGGACCAAAGUCCAAGCACUGCAUGAGAGAGGUCACCAUCCUGGGGUUUGUCUGCAACGAGAAUGGUCGGAAGCCGGACGUGAAGAAGACAGACAAAAUCCUAGAAUGGCCGGUGCCUUUACAGUCCAUAACGGAUGUGAGAAUCUUUCUUGGCACCUGCGGAUUUUGGAGGAGCUUCGUGAAAGACUUUGCCGCCAAGACUGAGCAUUUAAGGAAGCUGGUGCGCCAGGACCAGGAGUGGGUUUGGGGUGCAGAUCAGAAAGAUGCGGUGACUAGGAUGGAGGGAGGGUUCAGGGAAGGAGGAUUGGUGCUGGGGGCGCCAAACUAUGAGGGGACUGAAGAAAAGUCAUUUAUCAUCGAGACAGACGCUGGGCCAACUGCAUCGGGAGGGGUUUUGAUCCAGGCGGAUGCCGAAGGAGAGGAGAGGCCGCUAAGAUUCGAAAGUCGUACUCUUAACACGACUGAGAGGAACUACUCUCAGUUUAAGAAAGAGAUGCUUGCGGUACUCCAUUGCCUAAGGAUCUUCCGGAAUUACGUCUUCGGCAGGAGAUUUAUAUUAAGGGUGGACUCUACGACACUUGCGUGCUCCCUGAAGAAUUAUACACCAUCUGACCCAACCGUCGCCCGAUGGUUAACGUACAUUUGGAUGUUUAAUUUCGAGCCGGAAAGGAUCCCGAGAAAUAAGAAUAGAGUUGAUGGCCUGAGCCGCGUCAACUGGGACAGUAUGGAUCAGGAGUCGACCGAAGACACCCCGCCAGUCGACGGGUUCCUGGAUCAGGAAGAAGACGUGCGACUCCAUAUAAACAAGUGGGCGCUGUUUGACUUUUUGAAGGCAGUCAUGAAGAGGGGCGGGCGGGGCACACGACCACGACAGAGACCUCUCGGGGCAUCCGGAGGGGAGGAGCGGCAUGGGCCCUUCAGGAGAGAGCCUACACCCGUGUUUGAUGACGACAAUAUCGAGCUCUUCUUGGACGCCUACCGAGAGCAUGCAGCCCAGAGAGGAUGGGACGUGUUUGAGAGGGUACGUCACUUGAGGGGAAUUGGGAGGUUCAAGGAGCCCAUUGCGCAAACCAGGGAGGAGGCCCUGACCUGGUCAGAGGUAGAGGCAAGGAUGCAGAGAUUGAGAGCUUCACCUUUGGGGAGUAAUGGGCUACCUAUCCGCUUGGAGGAAGAGAAAGUAGAGGAGUUCAUCUCGGCAUACGAACAGUAUAUGAGCGAUCAGGGGGUUCCGCGGGAUGAGUCGGUGCAGGCGCUUCUCAUUUGGACCAGAGGAGCGGAGCGUCCGCUGGUGAGGCAGAUCCGGGCUAAGCACCCUGACAUUGAGGAGCCCAGCCUGGUUGGGCCAUCAUCGGGGCCAGCAUGUACUGAGUUAAAGGAGGGCUCGCAAGUUGUGACUGGGGAAGUCACGGAGGCAAGCACAGGAAAGGAGCCAGACGAAGUCGCCCAGGUAAAGUGUGCCAAGGUACGAGCUCGCCUUGCGGAGAUACAUGAGCAAAGGGACAGGAUGGAGGCUGCAGGGAUAGCGCCAAUGCCACCAGUCGACCCUAAGAUGAGUGAGCAGAGGAUUGAUGAGUUGUGGGCCAGAUAUGAGGGACAGAGAGAGGCAGCUCGCCAGAGGGCACAAGAGACGGGUCAGGCAACUGAGGGUGCAGACGAUGCGAUAGAGGUUGGGGAGCUGGGUUUUUUGGCCACUAGAAAGGUCAUCGAGUGGGUGGACAAGGAGAUAAAGCAGACAUCCAUCACGGCUUUUCAAAGGUACUCGCUACUCAAUGAUGAGCUGACCCUCAGGAAAGAGGAGAUGGAACAGCUGACUGCCCAACUCGCAAAGGAGAGGGCCGAGAACAAGGCCUGGCAAACUCGCCUGGAGGCAAAGAAGGUUGAGUGGGAGGCGAAGCUCAAGGAAAUGGCGGCCGCAAUGGAAAGACUUGUCGCUACCAAGGUGAUCGACUGGGCUGAGCAAAGCAGGUACGGCAUCCAAGGCAAGGGGGUGCAAGGGCUGUUGGCCAAGAGGAGGCGGCAGAGACAUCUCGGCAAGAGAAGUUGGGGAAGGUAUUUCUGGACCCAGGUAUUUCUGGCCAAGAGGAGGCGGCAGAGGAGGCGGCCAACACUAGGAUCUGUUGCUGUAGACCGCGGAUUGUGCAUCCCGCUGUGUAUGGCUGCGGAGCCACUGAAGGUUGUCGUUGGUGAUCCGCUGAGGAUUACGAUUGCUGACUACUACUGAUGUUACUAAAGGUUGCCGUUAAGG